GACAGGGAAAAGAUGCACAUGACCCAAAUAUUGUGCAAGUGAAAUAUUAGUGUACUUUUAACAGUGAGUGAUUUUAUAAGAUAGAACUAUGUACGUGGAUUUUUUAACUGGCAUGUGCCUCCAAGAGGAUAACCAGCAAAACUUGCAGCCUUUGCCCGGUUUCAACCAAUUUACUGACCGGUACAAUUGCGCGCCCUUAGACCAUUACAAUAUACCGCUCGAACAAUUAACCCCCAUGUCGCCGCCUGUCGAUGAUUACGGAACGUAUAACAUUCAAAUAGAUUAUUGCAAUUUAGACUCAACACCACAAGAAUUAAAUUUUUCAUCAACUUUCAUCGACACACCGGCACCGGACUCGCCACCGAACGGUGGUGUAUUCCGUUUCGCACCUGAAGACAUAGAACGCUACCACCACCAGAAUUCGACGUACAAUGACAACAAUCUUUUGAUGCAAGAUAAAACGUACUUAGACGAUGGUUCGCAAAAUUCAUUCCUAUACAAUGCCGAUUGCAUGAAUUUGCUUUCGCCGGACGAGAAAUUGUCAUUUUCGGAAGAAGAGAACGUAACUACGGACAUUGGCCAGCAGGAAGAAAUGCAAUGCAGAUGGAUGGAUUGUCAUUUAGUAUUUAGUGAUCGGCGGACGCUUGUUGGACACAUUGAAAAGACGCAUGUGAAGUGUGGAAAAGCUGAGGAGUACUCGUGCCUGUGGUUAGGAUGUCUGAGGAGCAAACGACCGUUCAAUGCGAGGUACAAGCUGCUGAUCCACAUGCGCGUCCACUCGGGAGACAAGCCGAACAAAUGUCCGUUCAAUGGUUGCGACAAGGCGUUCUCGAGGCUGGAGAACUUGAAGAUUCACCAGCGCUCCCACACUGGCGAGCGUCCGUACGGCUGCCAGUACGCCGGAUGCCGGAAGGCCUUCAGCAACAGCUCGGACCGCGCCAAACACCAGAGGACGCACUUUGACACGAAACCCUAUGCGUGUCAGGUACCCGGUUGCAGCAAAAGAUACACCGACCCUUCGAGUCUCCGCAAACACGCCAAGUUGCACGGUCUCAGGUCAGCUUCAACCUCCAACGACUCCGUCCCCGUCGAACAGAAGAAAAUUCAACCCUCGCCUGAUGAUUUUAUCCCAAAAACUUAUAUGGAAAAUAAUCUUGAAAGUACCAGCUUAGAUAUUUUAGAUGCACUCGACAUGGAUGAUGUUUCCAAUUGCCUAUUUACCAUUGAACAAGAACAGGAGGAAUAUGUUCCUUUCGAUUCCGUGAGACACUUAUUAGAUGAACAUAUAGGUUUUCUCGAUAAUGCACUGGAUUACGAUGAAGCUAUACUUUGA